GUGCCACUACAGUGAUUCCACCACCCUUUGGCCUGAAUUUCUGUUUUGUUUCUACAGCAAAGUUCUUUUGUGGAGGAUUCCUUUCCCAGCCCUCAGGGUUCAUUUCCAGCCCAAAUUUCCCGGGGAACUAUCCAAACAAUGCCAAUUGUGUGUGGGAUAUUGAAGUCUCAAACAACUACCAUGUGACCAUAGUGUUUAAAAAUGUACAGCUGGAAGGAAACUGUAACCAUGAUUAUAUUCUAGUCUAUGACGGGCCUCACCAGACAUCCCCAUUAAUUACACGAGUUUGCCACAGAGACAGAGGUUCCUUUACGUCAACAUCAAACUUCAUGUCCAUUCGAUUCAUCAGUGAUGUCAGUGUCGCCAGAAGAGGAUUCCAGGCCCGGUACUACUCUACACCAGAUCAUGAUGGCACUUCUCUAGUGUGCUUACCAGAACAAAUGAAAGUCACCAUCAGUAAACGCUAUCUCCAGUCUCUGGGCUAUAAUUCAUUGAAUUUCCUCUUGUAUAAUUCAUCCUGUUGGCCGAUAGCAAACUCGAGCUAUUUCGUAUUUAAUAUACCAUAUAAUGGCUGUGGGACAACAAAAACGAUAAACAAUGAUACUAUCAACUAUAGCAAUAUUCUUGUAUCAAAUCAAUCUAUUCGACCAAACGGUGUCAUCACAAGACAGAAAGGUCUCCACUUCCGUGUUAGCUGCAAAAUGCUCAGAAACAACUGGGUGGAAACUAUGUUUAUUACUAAUGAGACUGUUGAAAUCAAACAAAUCCAGUAUAGCAGUUUCCAUGUGGAUCUGUCUUUUUACGAAUCCUCUUCUUUCUUCAUGCCUGUGAAUAGUAUACCAUAUGUUGUGAAAUUAAACCAGCAGUUGUACAUCCAAGCAGAAAUUCUCCACUCUGAUUCCAACCUGGUACUGUUUGUGGAUACCUGCAUAGCAUCCCCAAGAGCAAACGAUUUCAUGAGCUUGACUUAUGAUUUAAUCAGGAAUGGGUGCCCAAGGGACAACACCUACCGAAUAUACUACUCACCUUACCCGCGUCAAGCACGUUUUGGAUUCCGAUCCUUUGCCUUCCUGGAGAGAUACCCGGCUGUUUACAUGAAGUGUAAAUUGGUGGUGUGUCAGGCCUAUGAUUAUUCUUCACGAUGCUACAGAGGAUGUGUAACAAGAUUUAAAAGAAACACAGGUUCCUAUGAGGAGAAAGUAGAUGUUGUUUUGGGGCCAUUCCAACUCCAGAAAUAAGAAGCAAAAGACUGAGAUCUGAUUGAGCUGUUGCAGAUGUUCAUGGCUGGACUGAGUGAAUCGCAGGAGAGCUCUAACCCCCUUACUGUCUCUGCUGUUGCCUUCUUUUUGGUUAUGAUGUUUGCUGCCUUUAUAUUGAAGAAAAAGAAGUGUCUUUUCUGGAAAGAUCGUUUUUCCAUAAGAUGUGAAGAGCAGAGUUUGUCUGUCUCCCUCUUUGGCACAAUGCCUUGGAAGCCAUGUGGUCAAAGAAAAGUCACAUUCACAAAAUCAGCAUGAAGAAUAUGCCCUAUGGAUUGAGCUCUAAUUCAGUUUACAUUGGAAUAAUUGAGCUGGGGGUGGGAGUGGGGCAAUGUGGUUGUGAGUUCUCCAUGUUAUUCAGUAGACUAGAUUUGUUUGAAAUAUUAAGCAGUUAAUUUUUUAAAUUAAGGACUUGCCAAUGUAAAGAAAUUCUGCAUAAAAUUUGAUUUGAAAAGCCCAAUUAGAAGAGAAGCUUCUGCUAGAUGGGAUUCCUAAUAUUUGGGUCUGUAUUUGGAAAAAAAUAUUAAAAAUGAAAAAUUAAUGCAGGCCCUUUAAUGCAAAUCAUAGCUUUAUUUUGGUAGA